CAGGUUGGAAGUCUGGACCAUCAUUACCACUUCCACCACAGCAGAGUGGUUCGCCGGGCUGCCUUUUCUUUGAAGGGCCCCCACCACUUCAUCCAUAUGGAUCCCAAGGUGGACUGGGCCCAGCAGCAGGUGGUAAAGACGCGGGUGAAGAGGUCGGCUCAGAGACAGCCACAUGUCCUUUCCUUCAACGACCCUAAAUGGUCCAACAUGUGGUACAUCCACUGCAACGACAGGAGCGGCCGCUGUCACUCAGAGAUGAACAUCCUGGCAGCCUGGCAGAGAGGAUACACCGGAAAAAACGUGGUGGUGACCAUCCUGGAUGACGGCAUCGAGAGGAGCCAUCCGGACCUGAGUCAGAACUACGACCACUUUGCAAGUUAUGAUGUAAACGGGAAUGACCACGACCCAACACCACGCUACGACUCCCGCAGUGAAAACAUACAUGGAACUCGCUGUGCAGGGGAAGUUGCAGCGGUGGCCAACAACUCCAACUGCAUUGUCGGCAUCGCCUACGAUGCUCACAUUGGAGGGAUCCGGAUGCUGGACGGGGAUGUCACCGACAUAGUGGAGGCCAAGUCCCUGGGGAUUAGACCCGACUACAUCCACAUCUACAGCGCCAGCUGGGGGCCCAAAGACGAUGGCAGGACAGUGGACGGCCCGGGGCCCCUCACCAAGCAGGCCUUUGAGCAAGGCAUCCGGAAGGGGCGCAGAGGCCUGGGCUCCAUCUUUGUUUGGGCAGCAGGUAACGGAGGUCGGCAGGGGGACCACUGCUCGUGUGACGGCUACACCACCAGCAUCUACACCAUCUCCAUCUCCAGCACCACGGAGAACGGAAACAAGCCCUGGUACCUGGAGGUGUGUAGCGCCAUCAUGGCCACCACCUACAGCAGCGGAGAGUUCCACGAGAGGAAGAUUGUGACCACCGACGUGUGGCAGCGCUGCACCGACGGACACACCGGCACCUCCGUGUCGGCUCCCAUCGCUGCAGGGGUCAUCGCGCUCGCUCUGGAGGCCAACCUCCUGCUCACCUGGAGGGAUGUGCAGCACCUGCUGGUGGAGACGUCCAGACCGCUGCACCUGAAGGCUGACGACUGGAGGACCAACGCUGCCGGACACAGAGUCAGCAGCCUGUACGGGUUCGGUCUGGUGGACGCAGAGGCCAUGGUGAUGGAGGCGGUGAAGUGGAGGACCGUUCCUGCUCAGCACACCUGCAGCCACGUGUCUGUGCAGCAUGGCAGGCACCUCCCUGCCGGCCGGAGCUUGAACAGCAGCAUCAGCACCUCCGGAUGUUCAGACACGCCCCAGCAGCAUGUGGAUUACCUGGAGCACGUCGUCGUCAAGGUGUUCAUUGCUCACCCGCGACGGGGAGACCUGGAGAUCAACCUCCAUUCUCCGUCAGGGACCAGCUCACAGCUCCUGGCCAAGAGAUUGUUUGACAGCUCUAAAGAGGGCUUCAGGAACUGGGAGUUCAUGACUGUUCAUUUCUGGGGUGAGAGGUCAGAGGGCACGUGGACCCUGGAGAUUACUGAUUCACCGUCGAAGCUGCGUAACCCUCAGGUUCUGGGGAACCUGAAAGAAUGGACUCUAAUCCUUCACGGCACCUCUCAGAACCCUCGGCAGCCCGACGGUACUCAGGUCCGCUCCAGAACGCCGGAGGUCCCAGGAGGGACCGUGCAGGAGCCGGGUCUCCAGGAGGACGAGGACGAGGAGGAGUACGACGGGCCGUGCCACCGUGACUGUGGAGACCAGGACUGUGACGGGCCGGGGGCUGAACACUGUCUCAACUGUGUUCACUUCAGCCUGGGGAACGUCAAAAGUGGCAGGACCUGUGUGAGUCACUGUCCCCUCGGCUACUACGAGGACGCAGCGUCCCGCCGCUGCAGGCGCUGCCCCCGAGGCUGUGAGAGGUGUGAGGGCCCGGCCCCCGGCAGCUGCCUCUCCUGCAGGAGGGGCCUCCACCUCCACACGCCCAGCUCCACCUGCACCCACACCUGCCCCCCCGGCCACUUCGCAGAUGAGAAUCAGAGGAGGUGUGUGAGUUGCCAUGCCAACUGCACGGCGUGUGUGAGCUCUGCAGACAGGUGCACGGCGUGCGGCGAGGGCUACAGCCUGGCGGGGAUGACCUGCCUGCCUCUGUGUGCCGACGGAACCUUCUUCCACCUGGAGGAGAUGACCUGCAGCCCCUGUCACUCCUCCUGUCACACCUGCACAGGGCCGGGUGAGGAGGAGUGUAUUCACUGUGCGGAGGGUUUCCUGCAGCAGGAGUGGCAGUGUGUGCAGGCCUGUGCUCCUGGAUACUACUCUGGAAAGGCAGCAAGACUCCCUCAUAAGAUCUGCCACAGGUGUGAGGAGAACUGUCUGAGCUGCAGCGGUUCUGGGAACACGUGCAACAAGUGCAAAGCAGGCUACCGUCUGAUCAGCAGGACCUGCAUCGCAAAUGCAGCUUGUAAUAAUGCUGAUGAGGUGUUCUGUGAGAUGGUGAAGUCCAACCGUCUCUGUGAGAGGAAGUUCUACCACCAGUUCUGCUGCCGUACCUGUCUGAUGAAUGGAUGAAGAGCUAAUCGUCCCUCGCUCCUCUGGUUUCGCUCCAAAUCAAACAUUCGAAAGGAAACAAAUGAGUGGUUGCUGGUUUGAAGAGUCUGACUUGUAUUGGGUUCUUUCUUUUCCAAACGUGAUGUUCAACAUCACCAGCCACUCUCUGUUCUGCAAAUAUAAAGUGUACGUGCGCUCAGAAAUGUAUAGAAAGGACUCCAAAGACUAUAUAUUAUGAACCUGAGGCUCAACACUAUGUUAUCUGUGUAAGUCAUUUUAUCCCCUUUAUAUAAACUGAUCCAACUAAAUUGACCACACCUGUCGAUGUUUGUGUGUAAAGCUUUAUUUUGAAAUGGUACCCCAAUUUAUUGGCUGCCCACUUUGCUCCACUCCUGCUUUGUUAUACCUGCAGAGAAUUAAACAUUUUUUUUUUUUUUUUUUAAAGAUUUUUUUUGGGCUCUAUUGGCCCUUUAUUGAGAUGCAGACAAAGGGGUAGAGAGAGAGAACGGGGAAGACACGCAGCAAAGG